UUUGCCAUAUAAAUGGUGUGACGUCACUGCCAAUCGCCACAUCUUUGUCAGUGAACAAAAUGGCGACCUACUGUCUCACCGUCGCGCGGCUCCAGCUUGCUCUGGGCCACGGCGCGCGGCGUCUGCACGUCUCAGCCGCUUACCGAGCCAAGGCCCAAGUGUCCAUGAGCCGUUUCGAGCCCACCUCUUUUGUCAGCUACGAGACGCUCCAGUCUAAUGUUGAUGUUGUGCGAAAAAGACUCAACCGACCUCUCACCCUCUCGGAGAAGAUCGUAUACGGGCACCUGGAUGACCCCCACAACCAAGAGAUCGAUCGUGGGCGCACCUACUUGCGGCUGCGACCUGACCGCGUGGCCAUGCAGGACGCCACCGCGCAGAUGGCCAUGCUCCAGUUCAUCAGCAGUGGCCUGCCGCAGGUGGCGGUUCCCUCCACCAUCCACUGUGACCACUUGAUCGAGGCCCAGAUUGGUGGGGAUCAGGAUCUGGCUAGGGCGAAGGAAGUAAACCAAGAAGUCUACAACUUCCUUGCAAGUGCUGGUGCGAAAUAUGGAGUUGGUUUCUGGAAACCGGGUUCUGGAAUCAUCCAUCAGAUCAUCCUGGAGAACUACGCCUACCCUGGUGUGAUGCUCAUCGGCACAGAUUCCCACACCCCAAACGGUGGCGGACUUGGUGCCAUCUGCAUCGGAGUCGGCGGCGCUGAUGCCGUGGAUGUCAUGGCGGGUAUCCCCUGGGAGCUCAAAUGUCCCAAGGUGAUCGGGGUAAGACUGACAGGUUCCCUCUCUGGCUGGACAUCACCAAAAGAUGUCAUCUUGAAGGUGGCGGGCAUUCUGACGGUCAAAGGCGGCACCGGAGCUAUCGUCGAGUACCACGGUCCGGGUGUCGACUCAAUUUCCUGCACUGGAAUGGCCACCAUUUGCAAUAUGGGAGCAGAAAUUGGUGCUACAACUUCAGUGUUCCCCUACAACCACCGCAUGAGGACCUAUCUGGAGAAGACAGGACGUGGAGAGAUCGCUGCGCUGGCUAAUGAGUACUCGGACCUACUGGUGCCAGAUAAAGGCUGCGAGUACGACCAGGUCAUCGAGAUCAAUCUGGAUGAGCUGAAACCCCACAUCAACGGUCCAUUCACCCCAGACCUGGCUCACCCAGUGUCUCACGUGGGUUCUGUGGCUGAGAAGAAUGGCUGGCCACUGGAGGUCAAAGUUGGUCUGAUUGGCAGCUGCACCAACUCCAGCUAUGAAGACAUGGGCCGCGCCGCCUCUGUGGCAAAACAGGCUUUGGACAAAGGCCUGAAGUGCAAAGCUCAGUUCACCGUCACACCAGGCUCAGAGCAGAUCCGCGCCACUAUUGAAAGAGAUGGUUAUUCCAAGAUCCUAGGUGAUGUUGGAGGUGUAGUCUUGGCCAACGCUUGCGGACCCUGCAUCGGACAGUGGGACAGGCGUGAUGUGAAAAAAGGUGAGAAGAACACCAUCGUGACCUCCUUCAACAGAAACUUCACAGCCAGGAAUGACGCCAACCCUGCGACGCACGCCUUUGUCACGUCCCCUGAGAUUGUCACUGCCUUGGCCAUCGCUGGAACGCUCAACUUCAAUCCAGAAACCGACUACCUGACGGCCCCCAACGGCGAGAAAUUCAAACUGGACCCCCCUAAUGGAGACGAGCUCCCGGCCAGAGACUUUGAUCCGGGUCAGGACACCUACCAGCACCCGCCUCCUGAUGGCACCAGCCUCAAGGUGGACGUCAGCCCUAAGAGCAACCGAUUGCAGCUGCUGGAACCCUUUGACCAGUGGAGUGGGAAAGACCUCGAGGACCUGAGGGUCCUCAUUAAGGUGAAGGGCAAGUGCACCACUGACCACAUCAGCGCCGCCGGUCCUUGGCUCAAGUUCCGCGGCCACUUGGACAACAUCUCCAACAACAUGCUGAUUGGCGCCGUCAACAGCGAAAAUGAUGCCAUCAACUCUGUGAAGAACCACCUGACGGGGGAGUACGGCGGUGUGCCAGAUGUGGCUCGUCACUACAAGGCCAACAGCGUGUCGUGGGUUGUGGUGGGGGACGACAACUACGGCGAGGGGUCCAGCCGAGAGCAUGCCGCGCUCGAGCCCAGACAUCUUGGCGGAAGAGCCAUUAUUGUGAAGAGCUUUGCCAGAAUCCACGAAACUAAUCUUAAGAAGCAGGGCCUGCUACCUCUGACCUUCAGCAACCCAUCAGACUAUGAUAAGAUCUGCCCCGAUGACAAGAUCUCCAUCAAAGGACUUGAAACCUUCACACCUGGAAAGCCUCUGAGCGCCAUCGUGAAGCACAGCGACGGCACCAAAGAUGUCCUGGAGCUCAACCACAGCUUCAACGAAACGCAGAUCGAAUGGUUCAAAGCUGGUUCCGCUCUCAACAGGAUGAAGGCACUCCAGAACUGAGGGAUCAACCCGGGGGGGGAUAAUCAGCGGGGGAGUUUGGGAAGGAUUAUGUAAAGAUUGUUUCAUGAUCUAUCUGCAUCAGACUGAAGUGUCAGUGUACCUCGCAGAUAUCCGCAUGUCACUCUCUCAUCCAAUCAAACAACAACUGCUCUGUGGUCCUGUUCCUGUUAUUCAUUACAGUACUGUACAUGACAUUAUUGACACAGUUGCAUGUUAAGCGUUGCGCUCUCAUGUAGCUGCUCGCUGAUGUUCUCAGUGUUUUAUACUAAUGGGUCAGAAUGUGACCACCGGAGCUCCAUCUUGAUCAGAGUGAGUCAAGCAGUUUUGUUGUGGUGGUGUUGUGCAUGCCACACAUUUAACUACAGUUUUGUGCUUGUUUGUGACCGUUUUGGGGCUGCGGCGUCUUCACAGAACUUUUCAAAACAAUUGAACCAAACUUGUGAUUUCCACUUAGCAUUUCUUGAAUUAUUUCACCCUCCCGCAGCACUUUUUGGGGUUUGUUUUUUGGAAUAUUCUGCCAUCAUAUCUGUUGGUCAUUUGUCCUCAUUCUUUACCUCAAAAAAUAUGUAAGGGUUGAAUGUGAAAUUUCCCCUUUCUGAUAUUUAUUUCCCUGGUUUAUUCAUCAGAAUGCUUUUUGUUCCAUGCUCUCAUGACGGUUCCCCCCCCCCCAACAUGGAAAGGUUACUGAGGGCAAGGAAGCAAAAUUGAUGUAAUACUGUUACCACUGAAUUAUGUUUGUAUGUAUGUAGAAAAUGAAACUGUCAGAUGAAGUUUGGUUCAGCUGAUGAAGGGAAAUAAUUUUUGUCUGUAUUUAAAAAAAAAAACUACAUAAAUUGUCACUUUUAAACAUGUCAUGGUUAUCUGUGCUCUGCCUCAAAAUUCACAUUCAUGUAAACUAUCUUUAUGCAUUUCAUUUCUCCCAGAUGAUCUGUGUUAAGGAGAGCCAAAUGGAUUGUAGAAUAAACACUGACAGAUCUCA